AUGCUGGCCAAUCAGAAGCUCCUCGUUGAGACCAUGCAGGCGUGCCAUCACAACAGCGACAGCAUCUUGCAGCUCGUGAGCAAGGUCUGUGCCAAGAUGAGCCUCGCCGACGUGGCUUCGGAAUGCGAGCAGGUUCGUGAGGUCCUCAAGGACACAAACUCGAUGUUUGCAACCCUGCACGAUGCCUCCACCGCGGACUUGUCGCAAGUCUUGGCUGAUGUGAAGAAGUAUGCGUCGGAAGUGGUGGUUCAGGAGUCUCGCGAGAUGCAGUCGUCGGUCAGCCAAAAGUCGGAUGCGUUGGUUCAGGACGUCAACGAACGCUUCAAAAAGCUGGAGGCUCGGGUCCUCUCGGAGCUUGGUGGCGAGGAGAAGGGAAGCCAGGCCAGCAAGAGCGACAGCCAGCUCCUGAAGAAGAUGACCAACCGCAUGAGCGACUUCGAGGCGCAGGUCUCAACGCAGAUCCAGCAGCUCACACAGGACGUGGAGAAGAAGGUGUCUUUCCUGGGCUCUCAGAGGGCCGGCACCGGUGCAGAUGCCUCGAGCCCUCCAGGCUUGGAAAGCCUUUCACAUGACCUGGAUGCGGUGAAGUAUGACAUGGGCGAGCUGAAGGAUAUGUUGAAUGCCUCCAAGACCGACACUUCCCAGGUGAAGCGCAUCGUUCUCGCCUGUGAGAGAGACAUGGAGGACUUCACUGCUGCGAUGGAUGCGGUGAACGUCGACCUGGAUGAGAUGAGAGCACGUGUUGACUCAACGCACUCUAUCAUCACCUCGCGCCAGCGCGUGGAAGCCACGGUCACCGCGGAGAUCUCCACCAUGCGCCUGGACAUGGGCGACAUGCAAGAGGCGUUGAAAGCGCACGAUGCCUGGAUGGAGGAUGUGUCCCAGAGUCUGCAGGAGGUGCAUGAGCGCUGCCAGCAGCUGUCCGAAGAUAUUGGCGAGCAUGCCCAGAGCACCCAAGCGAAGCUCGAUGCCAAGACGGACAUCACGGCCUGGAAUGAUAUGAACGACGACAUCGACGCCUCCAUCAAGACUGUACGCGACAUGGCGUCCGCGCUACGCUUGGAAGUGGACAGCCGCAGGCGCAAGGUGGACGAAGACCUCGGAAGUUUGCGCGAGAAUCUGAAGAGCUUGGCGGAGAAGGUCGACACGAAUGCCGCCAACAUCCAACGUUACGUGGAUGACUCGAACUCCGUGGUGUCCCAACGUCUUGAUGAACGCCACCAGCAUUGCAAGGACUUGGAGACGACCCUGGGCCGCCACGGCGACACUCACCAACAGAUCCAUGCGAAGAUCGAUGCACAUCGGGAGGAGAUCGACAACAGGACGGCACAGCUGGAAGCUCAUUUGCAGAAGCAAGACGAAGACCUCCACAAGGAGGUCAACGAUCGUAUCGAUGGUGUCGAGCGCCACCACUCCAACAUCUCCAAGGAAACCUCGAAGCGCCUGAACGCCUUGGACCUCCGCAUUGCAGGACUUCAGGGUGCUAGUGGCGAGUCCAAGCGCGAUAUCGGGAAGCUGCGUGAUGAGGUGAACAACUUAACCGUGAAAAGUGCUGCGCAUGACGUGGACAUCGGGAAGAACAGUGACGACUUGCGGAAGCUGGAGCGCCAACGCAUCGAGGACAACCAGCGGCACAAGCAGGAUGUGGACGGCAUCUAUGAGGAGCUUGAUCAGAAGGUCUAUGAGAAGAAUUUCCAAAGCUUGGAGGAGAACGUCACGAAGCUCACCCGUGGCACAGUCAAGCUAUGCCAGGUGGUGGGGGUGUUCCCAGGAGCGAGGAUGAACGAUGGCACGGAGGCAACUGUUCAAGUUUUCGGAACAUGGCCAGACUGUGCUCACCCGCGCUGCAAGGAAGAGCUCGAUGUUGAUGUGGAGCUGCUGAAUUGGGAGGACUGCGCACAGAAUCUGGUGAGUCGGGUCUCUUGUCUUUACAUGAACCGCUCAGAAGCCGGGACGGCCGAAUCUUUAGAGACCUUGGAGGGAGCGAGCAAGGUUGACAAGACGUGGCGGCAGAUCUCUUCCCAGAAGUAUCGCAGCAUUCUGGACCUCCUUGGAAAGAAGGCUGACCAUUCCGUGCUACGCCUUCUGCAGAUCUCGCAGCAGCACAUCGAAAGCCAACUGGAUCGUGUUCGCCAUGAGCGCGAGCUUUGGAAGGAGGUGGUGGACAAGCGGGCGCAGCAGCCGCUGCAGCUGGCUCUGACGUUGAAGGAUCCGCACACAGGGCAGCCACUGCCAGGUCCGCCAGGCUAUGGCCUGCCUGGCCUUGAUGGCAAUCCCAUGGCUGGGCCCCUCUCCGGCCGUGGACUCCCUGGCGGAAUGACGUCGGACCCGAUGCAGCUGGGACCUUCAGGCCAGGGCAUGGGCCCGGAUCAGCCAAAGGCCUCACCCUUGGCCAAGCGCAUCGCACGGCCACAACCGGGGCCACCAGCGCCCAAGGUGCAGGGUUUCCUACGUCCUUAA